ACUUGAUUCCCUUCUUCCUUUCGCUUCCAACUCUACAUCACAUACCCACGAUACCCGUCAUGUUCUCUGCCACGAAACUCAUUUCUCUCCUCAUCCUGGCUGUCUCUGCCAACGCCCAAAGCUCCGUGACGACGUCAGCGUCCAGCUCCGCCGUUCCCAGCUCCCUCGGCAUAACACCCUGCAUUCUCGCAUGCGUGGGGCCAGCUGCGACCGCGAACGGAUGUGCUUUCACUGACGCCGCGUGCGUCUGCGGCUCAGCUCAAUUCCAGGCUGAUGCCGGCGCGUGUCUUCAAGAGCACUGUUCUGCUGCUGAGGUGAAGGCCGCUCUUGCCCUCCAGCAGAGCCAAUGCGCUCCUCUCUCGAUCAGCCCUAGUGGUCCCUCCGCUACACCCCACAGUGUAUCCUUCACGACUCCUCCCUCCGCAUCUGCUACCAGCACCGCCGCAUCGGCCUCUGGGUCCGCCACUAAGCCCGCCAGCUCUAGCACCAAGGCAUCCAGCUCCGUUGCGUCUGCUGCUGCCUCGACCACCGCCAAGAGCUCCGCUUCUUCCAACCAGGUCGCCUUCGGCCUCAGUGGCGUUCUCGUCUUCGCUGGCAUAGCCCUUGCUCUCUAGUUUUUGAGUAGCUUUUGAAAUGGUGUCGGUCUUGCUUAGGGGAUCUUCCACGCUAGAUUGGAUUUAUACGCUUCUUACAGGAUUGGAUCGGAGUCUUCCAUAAUGUUUCAUUGCUUUCUUUGAUAGAUUCUUUCAGUUAUUACUUUGGCAUGAUGAAAAUUACGCUAGUUGCUUGCGGAGAAAUCGAUGGUCGCACUUUUUGGUUCAA